AUGACUACUUUUAGAUUUUGUCGUGAUUGUAAUAAUAUGUUAUAUCCAAGGGAGGAUAAGGAAAACAACAGAUUAUUAUUCGAAUGUAGAACAUGUUCAUAUGUAGAAGAAGCAGGUUCUCCAUUAGUCUAUAGGCAUGAAUUGAUAACGAAUAUUGGUGAAACUGCAGGUGUUGUGCAAGAUAUUGGGUCUGAUCCAACUCUACCGAGGUCAGAUAGAGAAUGUCCAAAUUGUCAUACGAGAGAUAAUGUGUUCUUCCAAUCACAACAAAGAAGGAAGGAUACAUCUAUGGUUUUAUUCUUUGUUUGUCUUCAUUGUUCUCAUAUAUUUACAUCUGAUCAAAAAAAUAAGAGAACUGAAUUUUCUUAA